GUAACUUACUUUUUUUAUAAUUAUUUUAUAAACUUUAUAUAUCUUCAGUAGUCUUGUAGUCCUGUCUGUUGUAGAGCAAUCCGUUGAUCUUCCUGCCUGUGCCAGUCAUGUCUUCAAACCCUAGUAGCACAGUUUACAUCGGUAACUUGGAUGAACGAGUAACUGAUAGGGUGUUAUACGAUAUCCUUAUUCAAGCUGGGCGGGUGGUUGACUUGCACAUUCCCCGUGAUAGAGAAACUGAUAAACCGAAAGGUUUCGCUUUUGCAGAAUAUGAAACCAAAGAAAUUGCUGAUUAUGCUGUCAAGCUUUUUUCUGGCCUCGUCACUCUUUACAACCGAACGUUAAGAUUUGGAAUUUCUGGGCAAGACAAGGCUGCACCAAACCCGCAGACGUCACCCAUGCUUGCGUCAAAUUCUUCUUUCAAAUCAAGGUUAAACGUAGAGGUUUCUCCAAACUCUUCGUCAUAUCACACACAAGUUUCACCUGGUGCCCCCCAAUAUUCUAACAUACAUAGAUAUCAUGGGGAUCACAACAAUUAUGAGCAUCGAAGAACUCACGCGGCAACAUGGGAUGCUACCAACAUGUAUGAUCGUCGCUAAAUCCGUUGGUAAUUGUGAUAACCUUGUUGUUAAUUGAUGUUUUAGGUAUUAUCAGGAAUGCUUAAAUUUUAGGUGUCAGAUUUGAAACCGGUUAAUUCAGUUGUUAGACCUGUAGUCAGCCAGUGAUUAGCUAUCAGUGUUAAGGUGAUAGCUAAAAGGUUUUAAACUGUGGAUCUAAUGUUCCUUAUCAAGGUUUUUUGGGAGGAUAUAUGUAGGUGUUUGUUUGUGACUUGCUGAGGUUGAUGAUUGAAUUGGUAAAACAUAUAUUGUUGUUUGGUU